UUCAAAGAAAGCUCUGGUAGGCUCGCUCGGUGAGCUCGGAAAAAAAAAAAAAAUGGAAACGCCGGUUCUGGGAUUCGAACCACGGUGUCUUCAUCUCUUCAACACUCACUCUCGUUCCUCUUCCUCGCUCUCCCUUCCCGUCGUAUCCUUACGAGUCCUCACUUCGGCGGCGGCGGCGGCAACAGCAUCUACCGCCGUUGAAUCACCGGCGACCGUAGCAGAAGCUCCUCGUGCGAAACGUCAUUCCAAUGCCUACCUGACGAGAAAAUCCGCCAUUUCUCAAGUUCAACGCUCCUCUGAUGUUCUCUCCUCCCUGAAUAGAUUAGCAAGAGUUUUGAAGGUACAAGACUUGAAUGUGAUUUUGCGUGAUUUUGGAAUCUCCGGAAGAUUGCAGGAUCUUAUACAGCUCUUUGACUGGAUGCAACAGCAUGGAAAGAUUAGUGUUUCAACUUACAGCAGUUGCAUAAAAUUUGUGGGGGCGAAAAAUGUCUCCAAGGCUCUGGAAAUAUACCAUAGCAUUCCAGACGAGUCAACCAAAAUCAAUGUCUUUAUAUGUAACUCCAUUCUUAGUUGUCUGGUCAAGAAUGGAAAGCUUGACAGCUGCAUCAAAUUGUUUGAUCAGAUGAAGCGCGAUGGUCUGAAACCAGAUGUGGUUACAUACAAUACGCUGCUUGCAGGUUGUAUCAAGGUAAAAAAUGGAUACCCUAAGGCUAUGGAACUCGUUGGAGAGCUGCCACAUAAUGGAAUACAAAUGGACAGUGUGAUGUAUGGGACUGUCUUGGCAAUUUGUGCUUCAAAUGGUCGAUAUGAAGAAGCUGAAAACUUUAUCCGGCAGAUGAGAGCUGAAGGUCAUUCGCCCAACAUAUAUCAUUACAGCUCCUUGCUCAACUCUUAUUCUUGGAAAGGAGAUUACAAGAAAGCUGAUGAGCUAAUGACCGAGAUGAAAUCAAUAGGAUUAGUGCCAAACAAGGUGAUGAUGACAACUUUACUAAAGGUUUAUAUCAAAGGAGGGUUGUUUGAUAGAUCAAGAGAAUUACUCUUUGAACUUGAAUCUGCAGGGUACGCUGAGAACGAGAUGCCAUAUUGUAUGUUGAUGGAUGGUCUUUCAAAGGCGGGAAAGUUAGAAGAAGCCAAGUCAAUCUUUGAUGAUAUGAAAGGGAAAGGUGUUAAAUCUGAUGGCUAUGCCAACAGCAUCAUGAUAUCUGCGUUAUGUCGAAGUAAGCGUUUUGAGGAGGCAAAAGAACUAUCAAGGGACUCUGAAACCACUUAUUCAAACUGCGACUUGGUAAUGUUAAACACAAUGCUCUGUGCCUAUUGCAGAGCAGGAGACAUGGAAAGUGUUAUGCGAAUGAUGAAGAAAAUGGAUGAGCAAGCAAUUAGUCCUGACUAUAAUACUUUCCAUAUCUUGAUCAAAUAUUUCAUCAAGGAAAAGUUGCACCUGCUUGCGUACCAAACCAUACUUGAUAUGCACAGUAAAGGCCACCGUCUUGAGGAGGAACUUUGUUCGUCCUUGAUUUACCAUCUUGGCAAGAUUAGAGCUCACUCGGAAGCAUUCUCGGUCUACAAUAUGCUGCGAUACAGCAAAAGAACUAUCUGCAAAGAGCUGCAUGAGAAAAUUCUUCACAUUCUAAUCCAAGGAAAUCUCCUUAAAGAUGCAUAUGUUGUAGUGAAGGACAAUGCAAAGAUGAUCUCACAGCCUACUUUAAAGAAAUUUGGCAGAGCUUUUAUGAUCUCGGGUAAUGUCAAUUUGGUGAACGAUGUUCUGAAGGUCUUACAUGGUUCUGGCCACAAAAUUGAUCAGGUUCAGUUUGAGAUUGCGAUAUCUCGAUACAUAUCGCUGCCCCAUAAAAAGGAAUUGCUUCUUCAACUUCUACAGUGGAUGCCUGGUCAAGGAUACAUUGUUGACUCCUCCACAAGAAACCUCGUUCUUAAGAAUUCCCAUUUGUUUGGUCGGCUACUAAUUGCAGAGAUCUUGUCAAAGCAUCAUGUAGCCUCAAGGACGAUAACUAAAUCUAGAUCCGAGCCGAAAUUUAGAGGUAAGAAGUAAAAGAAGUGUACUUUUUCUGUAUCUUUUUUUUUUUCCCUUUCUGUAGAAUGUAAAAAAUAUAUGUAUCAGAUUACAUGAAAUAGAUGAUAGUCAGAUUUGUAAAUGUCCCAAUUUGAAUCAAAACUUAUAUAAGAUGACAA